AACAGUUGCCAAAUAAUAUAACGUUUAAGUGUCAAAAGUUGUCUCUUGUUUUCACGACUAAUGGGAUCAUGAAAGUGACCAUCAAAAAUUGGGUUGGAGUUGCUACAUGGAAAUGGGUAGCAAAUGAUGAUAAUUGCGGUAUUUGUCGCAUGCCUUUUGAUGGUUGCUGUCCAGAUUGUAAACUACCAGGUGAUGACUGCCCACUAGUUUGGGGCCAAUGUUCUCAUUGUUUUCAUAUGCACUGCAUUGUCAAGUGGCUUCAGUCUCAACAAGUAAAUCAACAGUGCCCUAUGUGUCGCCAGGAAUGGAAAUUCAACAAUAAAUAGUUCUACACUGGUAAGUAUCCAUUUGGACCUAAUUGUACAUCUUGUAUUUGUUUGUAUGAAAAGGGCUCUUACUUAUAUUAGUAAUUGUUUAUAAGAAUUGUAUUAACACCAUUUUAUAACUUGACAUUGGUUUAAGUACAACUUAGAACAGCAUA